GCGUUCCGCAACCACAUAUCGCGUACAACUUUACACUGGUUGAAUUUUAAAGCAACAAAAUAUAUUUUGACAUAUGUUCAAUGUCCUUUCAUGAAAUUUUAUUGUUAUUAAAGAAACUCGUGCAUGGAUAAGCUAUUGAACAAAACAAAUUUCUGAUAGCGCGAACCUAUUGGAUAAAAUUCGGAGAGUUGACUGAAAAUUGGAAAAUUCUACAUUUUGCAAUUGAUAUUAUUUUAAUAUAAUAGCAUACUUUCACGAACAUUGCCGUUUCAAAUUUGUUUUUUAAGGAAAAAAUCAAAUUCCCGCAGUAAAAAAAUUUCGUUAUCGGGUUUUAAACUUUUCGAAGUUCCAUAAAUCAUGGUUUUAACGCGAGAAUACCGAAUUUGUAUGCCAUUAACCGUCAAUGAGUAUCGAAUUGGACAAUUGUAUAUGAUUGCACGGCAUAGCAAUGAACAAUCAGGAGAUGGUGAAGGAGUUGAGGUGAUUGAAAAUCGUGAUUGUGAAGAUGUUGAACAUGGAAAGGGCCAAUAUACAGAGAAGCGUAUACAUUUAUCAACUCAGUUACCGUAUUGGCUACAGGCAGUGUGUCCAAAAGUGUUCUAUGUGAUUGAAAAAUCUUGGAACUACUACCCUUAUACAAUCACAGAAUAUACUUGUUCAUUCAUACCAAAGUUCCACAUAUCGAUACAAUCUAAGUACGAGAAUGACAAUGGAUCAAUUGAAAAUUGCUUAAAUCUUCCACCAGAGGUUCUUGCUGAGCGUACCGUGGAUGAAAUCGACAUUGCCUUCGAUGAACUGACCAAACACUAUAAGCGGAAAGAAGAUCCAAAAUUCUUUCAAUCUAUUAAAACGAAAAGAGGCCCACUUAUUGAGGGUUGGCGCGAUGAUAAGCCGGUUAUGUGUUCCUACAAAGUUGUACAUGCUUCAUUCGAAGUUUGGGGACUUCAAACACGUGUUGAGGAUUACAUACACCGUUGCAUUCGGGAAAUACUACUCUUAGGUCAUAGACAAGCAUUCACCUGGAUCGAUGAAUGGAUAGAAUUGUCAAUGGAUGAUGUCCGGGAGUAUGAACGUCAUUUACAAGAAGAAACAAAUAAAAAAUUGCUGAUAAAACAAAGUGGCUCAAUACUUAGUUCUGAAACAGUGCUACUUUCUAACUCAGAGAAAGAUAGCCCCGAGAAAGGAAUUCAAAUCGAUGAAACCACCGAUUAGUAAAAAUUCAAUUUUGAAUUUGAGGUAGAUCCAAAUAUUUGUUGAUGAAAAUAAAAGCGAUAUUACAGAACGUACCAAGAAAUAUGUUUUAACAGAAAUGUAGUAUGAAUCGCUCAACGUAAACGUAACAUGGGUUUAAAUGUAGUCCAUUUUACGUUUCCAUCGAACGACGAUUCAUGUCAAACUUUUGCGAAAAAACAGUUUGGUCUUUAUCCAAUAAACCUUCAAAAAACCAGAAAGAUCUUUUUUUCCCUAGAAUGGAGUAUAUUUUAGCCUAUAUUGAUAUAUUUUAUUACAUCGCCAAGCGCUGGCUGUAUCAUUUUCAUUUUUGCAGGAAAAAUGAAUCCAUGUGGUUUCAUGGAAAAACCUGAUCUUUUAUACAUGUAAGAUUUACAAGGCGUUUGAUUUCGUUUUUGUGGGGUAGCGGACAUAAGUUCCCAACCGGACCAACCGCACAUUAAGUUUCCACGGACCAAACUUAUGGACCAUGGGCCAAACUCACCGACCGACUGUUAAAUCUCACGGACUGACGGACCGGACUCACUAAUUCGUUUUCGCGGACUCGUUUAUCACUGUCACGGAUCAUGGUCGCUGCAGCGGAUCAAUGUGAAUUAUUAUCUCCAUAAAAAUUAACUUGUGUUUCUUUCGUUUUCACGAACCAUCUAUCGAAUCAUUCAACCAAUGUUGGACAAAAACUUAUCGAUGUGUUCCGAACCGGUGCAUCAUAUAGUAAAGUUUGAGGGAGUGAAUGAGACUAGAAAAACCCCAAAAGGGUUUUGUUGAAUUGGCUCCUUAUAAUAAAUUUCUGAUCAGUUGAAAUUUAACAUGCAUUUUAAUUGAAUUUUAAAAAUUGAUCUCGUCACCUUUUGACUAUACAUAACCCAAAUUGAAACUAAAAAACAGGUCGAUGUCGUUGGCCCCACCCCAAUUUGGUGCUGGGUCGUCCUAUAUACCAAAAUUUAGUGCUAAUUUAGUGCUGUCGAUUGGUACCUAGCAUGAUUUUAGUGCUGCCCUCUAUGCGAAUAUUUUUGAUUUUGAAAAAACU